AUGUCUGAGCCGUUGCCAGAGUCGAUUCGAGAUGAAGAGCAAUUAGAAGAAUUGCUCAGCGAGCCGACAGAUGGUGCUGUCAAUGCCUUAAAGCAAGUCCAAGGGGACAUCAUCUUGCUGGGAGCGGGUGGGAAAAUGGGACCAUCUCUCGCCAGAAUGGUGCGCCGCGCAAGCGAUGCCGCCGGCACAUCCAGGCGGGUGAUUGCCGUUAGCCGGUUUUCGAAUGAGCAACUUCUUGAAAAGUUUGCAUGCUUUGGAGUGGAGACAAUCUCGGGAGAUCUUUUAAACGAAGAGUUUGUUGAUUCAUUGCCCAAUGUUCCCAACGUGAUCUACAUGACAGGAGCCAAGUUUGGAACCUCAGGAGAUGCUUCCCUCACCUGGGCAAUGAAUGUUUGGCUGCCUUCAUUGGUCUGUCGCAAGUAUCGAGAGAGUCGCAUCGCUGCCUUUUCGACGGGGAAUGUCUAUCCCCUGGUUCCGAUCGAUUCUGGCGGGUCCGUAGAGAGUGAUCCUCUGGAGCCCGUUGGAGAGUAUGCCAACACUGCCGUUGGUCGCGAACGGAUGUUUACCUACUUCUGCAAUCGCCAUCAAAAUCCGACCACUCUCGUCCGGCUCAACUAUUCCGUGGAAAUGCGGUACGGUGUUCUCGUCGACUUGGCCAAGCAAGUCCUGGCAGGCAACCCGAUUGACCUUUCAAUGGGCUUCGCCAACGUCAUCUGGCAGGCGGAUGCGAAUGCAAUGACCAUCCAGGCUUUGGCUGAUGCCAGUACGCCGCCGUACAUCGUGAAUGUUGCCGGCCCGGAAAUCUUUUCAACCAAAGAAGUCUGCGAACGGUACGCCGAGCUCUUUGAGCAAGAGGUGACGUUCGUUGGUGAACCCGCUCAAACAGCACUUCUCAACAAUGGUUCGCAGGGACAUCAGAAAUACGGCAAGCCGCGAGUCAGCCUGGAUCAACUCCAGAUCUGGAUUGCCGAUUGGCUCAAACGAGAUGGCACCACCUGGAGUAAACCAACCCACUUUGAAGUUCGCGACGGAAAGUUUUAA